AUGGAAAUUGAGCGCACUCUUACGGAAGGUAGCGGUCUGGAAGAGGCAUUGGAUCCGACAGUCGAGACUGAGUCUAGGUCACCUGAAAGUGACAGUCUAAUGGGCGGAAAUGAGCAGAAUCUUCCAGACAUGGAACCGACUGUCGCGGAUGAACUCGAACACCGGGAACCCAUUCCGGGGGAGCAGCCUUUCAGCGAAAAUGAAGAGUCAGAAGGUCAUGCUGAGUUAGGAUUUGAGGGCGAGCAGCUACGAAGGGGAAGCGAAGAGAGAAUGGCUAGGAGGGAGUCCCUGGACGAUGCCAGCAUGGAAGAGCAUGCCAGUGAACAACAGGAUAAAGCGACAGAAACAGCGCAGCUUUCUCCGCCGGAAGAAGUUCAAAAGGCACUGGACAGAUUAGAAGGACGUCGGCAAUCCAGAAACGAGUUGGGACCUUCUAGGGGUAUGGGAGGAAAGGGUGCAGCAUUGCGAGAGAGGGCGAAGUUUAAACCAUAUGACCAGACAGAGCGGCGCCGACAAACCCCAAAGCUGACCACGCCGCCCCAAGAAACUCUGGAGCAGGAUAUAAACGCACUGCUACAAACAGUUGCCCAACAACAGACACUAAGACCUAUUACUGAGAUUGAUUUCCUCGAGGCACAGAAUCUUCCUCCGUCAGGAAUGAACGAAGAGCAGAGUUCAUCGCCAGCGGCUAUUCAAGACGGCCCGACUCAGGACCACCAACAGGCAGAGGAAGACAUAUCAGGGCCAGUCGUGUUCGAAACACAGCCAGAAAUUACGCGCACUAUCGAUGAGAACUCCAGACGCUAUGGGAUGACGAAUAUCCCGUCCGAGUCUGUAACCCCGAACGCAUUGCCGGAUGUUCAGGGUAUCGCAGAUGCUACACAACAAGGCAUUGUGACGGAGCGUCCGCCGUUAUCACCAGUACGAGAGUCUUCCACACACGCCGAUACGCGCGCACGAAUGGACAUAACCGAGUCAGAGAAGUGGCCGGAGGAGCGAGACAGGUCUCCGCGACCAGGAGCAAGUGGUGCGACCAAGAGCUCAAAGGUGACAAUCAUGUUCCGUGCACGUGAUGAACGUGGCGAGUGGAAUCGCUUAGUCCACAAAAUGGCUGUCGACCCGGCGGACCCUUCUCCAGUGGAGCGAAUGGCAGCUAAGCAAGCGAAGGCACAAAAGGCAACCUAUUACGACCAGAAUCUACGGCAGGUACCCCCUGGGCAGUGCUUCGAUGCGGCGAUUGAAGAUGGCACGAACACGGUUUUCAUGACAUUCGGCGACGAUCUGACUGUAAGUGAAGCGACGAUGGAUGCGAUCACACGGGCAAUCCAAGCCGAGCUUGAUGAUGAUAGGCCGGCGAAACGCAAGCAGCGGAAUUGA